GAGAGGCGGAAAUAACAAACUCUGAUGGCGAUGUCCACUAACAGUAAUUUUCGUUAUGUAGUUUUAAAAAUUACAUUGUUUUUGCUUGAAAAAUUUCCAUUUUUUAAUGCAUUGACACUGCUAAUGCUUUUGGCAGAAAGGGCUGCCCAUGAAAGUUACCCUCCGAUCAACCCCAAGCUCGUCUAUAUCAAUCUAGUUUUGUUCGUCGGUUGUGGAUUUCUGCUGUCUGCCAAAUCCUUUGUGAAGCAAGCAUCACUGAUCUAUGCAGGGCAGCUGUUAUAUUUUGCUUUCAGUUAUUAUACCAACAGUAAAUUCAGUUAUGGCCACUGGCAAAGGAUACACAUGGCUACAAGACAGAUUGGCUGUGCUGGCAUAUAUAUUCUGCUUGCUGAUUUGUUAGUGAAGGCAGACCAGGGUAGAUAUCGUGUACAAGCGGAUGGCAUGGUGCCAUCAAGACAGCAGCAGAGAAUUGGAGAAAUCUUGAUAGGAUUAUACCUUUUCUCCUAUUCCUGUCUUCUCACCUCUUGUGGGGAACACAGGGAGGCCUUCCUUCAUCAUUUUUGGCAUAGUGAAUUGAUGCAGUAUGCGAUGACAGCGAUACUGCUGGCCAGUGCGUUCUGUUUCAUUUCUGGAUACUUUGUCAAAGACAUGUUUAUAUGCGUUAUCCCUGCACUUAUUUUAUUAACAGCUUUGAUAGACUGUGAUAUACGCUACUGGACUGAACGGCAGGUUCAUUACUGGAACCAAGUGAGGUUGCUUGGUGAUAAUGUUUGUGCAAUAUCUGGUUUUAUAUUCUUUGCAUCAGUUUCAUACAGUACAAUAACAUAGUGACUUUUAAAGUGACAUACCCUAGUUUUUAAACACUACAACAUAUUUUUCACUAUUAAAGCCGCUUUUCAUAAUUUAAAUUAGAAGUACAAUGUACUUACAUUUUAUUAUUUAGAAUAUUAAUGUUCAUAUGCCUGAAGUGGUUCUGGUUAUCCAGGGAUUUGCAAUACCCCCAAAUGCAUUUUUCAUAAUUCUAAAAAAUGCACGUUCGUCUGAGAAGUAAUGGCUGUCAACAGAACCUCUAGUUAUUUGUAGUUGGUAUUUAUUUGUUUAAACAUCAGACUUUAGCUUCUCCCUGUUAUAGCUUUAUCUAAACUGUGUUACAGGUUUGUAGAUUAAUUAAACUUAGUGUCCAUAUUCACGGGCGGAAACUAGGGUUUGCGCCUUUAACAUGAAACUGUUCUUUACCUUUAAGUUAUUUUUUAUUUUUAACUUGUCUGCACAAUUUCUGCUGUUAAUUGACAUGCUGUUCAAAGCUACACGUGUUGAUCAUAUAAAACAAAUUGAAAGGUUUUUAAAAAUCUUUUUUUUUUUUUUAUAUAUAUAGGACUAUCCAAAUGAACUGACUUGUACAUACGACUAGCUCCCACCAAAAAUUGUUCUUUUACUCCUUUAAAAUUUAUUUACAGUAAAACCCUUUGAAACCAAAGCCGCUGAAAACCAUAAUUUUCUAAAAUAAAUUGUAAUUUUUUCCUGGUCCCUUUUUAAUCAUUAGUACAGAACAUACCCUAAUAAGACCGACCGGCCUCGGUGGCGUCGUGGUUAGGCCAUCGGUCUACAGGCUGGUAGGUACUGGGUUCGGAUCCCAGUCGAGGCAUGGGAUUUUUGAUCCAGAUACCGACUCCAAACCCUGAGUGAGUGCUC